UAAGAGGCAAAACAACUGCGCCGCCAACCUCCGCCCCCUUGCCUUCCCCUCCCGUCUUCUUUUAAUUCUUAAGCAAGAGAACCAGAUAAGAGGGAGAUGAGGAUGGAGAAGAGGGCACAGGUGGAGAAGGACAAGACACAGAAGGUGGAGAAGGACAAGGCGCAGAAGGUGGAUCUCAGUGGGAUGAGCUUGAAUACCCUGCCAAACCCUACUACCGAAUUGUUCUGCAUCACCAAGCUCGACCUCUCCAACAACCACCUUGAGAGCAUUCCAGAGUCGCUUAUAGCAAGGCUUUUGAAUUUGGAGGUGUUGGACGUGCAUUCAAACCAGCUGAAGGUGCUGCCGAACUCUAUCGGUUGUCUUAUGAAGCUCAAGGUCCUCAAUGUCUCGAGCAACCUUAUUGUGUCCCUUCCCAAGACCAUCGAGCAUUGUAGCGCUUUAGAGGAGCUGAGUGCCAACUUUAACCAGCUGACAAGACUCCCUGACACCAUAGGUUACGAGCUGACCAACCUCCGGAUUCUCUCAGUCAACUCCAACAAGCUGGCCUUCCUCCCAUCCUCCACCUCCCACCUGACCUCUCUGCGCUCCCUCGACGCCCGUCUCAACUGCCUCACCUCCCUCCCCGACGGCCUCGAGAACCUCAUCCGCCUCCAGUCCCUCGACCUCAGCCAGAAUUUCCACCACCUCUGUUCCCUUCCCUUCUCCCUCGGCCUUCUCGUCUCUCUCACCGACCUCGACGUCAGCUACAACAACCUCGCCGCCCUCCCCAACUCCCUUGGCUGCCUCACCAAGCUCCGCACCCUCCAUGUUGAGGGCAACCCCCUCGUCAGCCCUCCCAUGGACGUUGUCAGUCGAGGAGUAAACGCCAUGCGUGAGUACCUAAGUGCAAGGAUGAAUGAGACGGGGAAAAAAGACGGCCAUGCAUCGACCAAGACGUCGUUCAUCGGAAAGUUGGUGAAGUGCACGACGUUCAGCGGUCGGAGGAUAUCAAGCGCUGGGCUAAACGGGGAGAGGGAGGAGUUCUUGCCGCCGGACUACCGCUUGGUCCAGGGAUUUGCAACUCCCAAGCAUGUGGGAACGUUCUCACCCCGCCGACUCUUCUCAUCACGAAAGUCUCGGUCUCUAAAGCUGUAGAAUUGCAUGGCUUGUGUACGUGUUUGGUAUUAAGAUAUGGUGAGAGAAUGAUCGAUGUUGGUUUUACAUUUGCUCGUUGAAGUAUAUAUAUAUAUGUACGUAGAUUCUUGUGGGAGGACAGUCGAGUGAAAUUCUAGUUAAAAGACUUCAGUUUUA